CCCCCUCCCUCCGUGGCGCGCGUGCCCGCGGGCUCCCUGGCAACCGCCGACGGCGCGGCGAUGGCGGACGAUCUGGACGCGCUGUUAGACGAAGUGGAGACCAAGUUCUGCCGCCUACAGGCGCUGGGGGCGGCCGGGAAGCGGGACCGCGGCGGAGGAGAGGAGGCGGCCGGGGAGAGGGACAGAUCAGCUAAAAUACUAACAAAGGCUGUCGUUGAUGAAGAGAAUAUAGAUGACAUAAUUAAAGAUAUCAUUGAUGAAAGCAGCUUUUCCAAAAAAACUGUGAAACUGACAUAUAAAUCUGAAAGUCCCACAUCUGAAAGAAAUAGUGCUUCCAUUCAGGCUCAUGGUAAAAGCUGUUGUCCAGUGUAUCUUGGCGGAAGCUCUACACCACGUGGUAUAGGAACAAAUAUUUCGCAGAGAACAUGUGAUCAGCUACGUUGUACUGCCUGUGACUUCCAUGUGUCUCAUUACAAUGACUACCAGUGGGAUAAGUCAUGUGAUUAUCUCUUUUUCAGGAAUAACAUGCCUGAACUCAGUAAAUUAAGAGCAAAGAUGAUAAAGAAGAAGGGAUCACGGGCUUAUGCUUGUCAGUGCAGUUGGAGAUCCAUUGGUGAACUAACUGACCUCCGAACAGACCGGCAGCUUCGUUGGGUCUGUGGUAAACAUGUAGAAUGAAGUCUUCUCACAUAUUUGGUAUGCGUUCCUGUGUGAAAACAGACUUUCAAGUCAAACUGACUUCCUUUUACCAUGCAUUUCCCACUCUAUUUUCUGAGAACAGAAAGGAACCUGAAUGUUUUAUCUAGAACUAGAUAGUGACACUGAAUUCAGAACUGAACAUUUUUCCUCUCACUGUAACAGUCUCAUGAAUUAAGGGAGUUCAUAGAGGAAACAGCCAGCUUGGAGGCCUUCUAUUCCCUAGAGUGCCAGCUACAGGUGACAUUAGAAGUGUUAAUGAUAAGUGGGCUUGAUGCGCUCCUCCCCUCAUGCCGUUGGAGGGAGAAGAAGCCAGUGAAACCAAAUGGGGCACAGAAAAAGCAGCUUAUAAGCCCUUGUUUUCUUCACUACCUGCAUAUAUGAAAUAUGCACAAGUAUUAUGUAUGGCUUGUUUUUUUUUCAGCACUGGAAAUUAUCAUAUUGAAAAAUGGACUAUAGUUCAAUUUCGGCAAAGGGGAUGGGAUCAUUUCAUACAGUGAUGUAAAAGAAAAUGGAAUGAAAACACUGUACUGAAAAUAUUUUUACUAUUCAAUAAAAUAGUAUUCUAAGGAUUCAUUCAGA